CCCAAAUGAUUACCUCUCUAAAUCCCUAAUAAAUUCCAUGUUCGAACACUCCUCCUAUAUUAAUUUCAUCCAACCUUAUAUUUUUUUUCAAUGGCAACUUCAGCUCUCAAGUCAACGACCAAGAGAACUUCGGUCGCCAACUCACCAGGUGACUCUUCUUCCUCCAAUCGGUCCUCCGUCCACCGUCGCGCCAGGAGUCUCAGCAGAUUCUCUCGCCGGCUUCCCGGGGCUGACCACGACAAUGAUGAGCCUACUCCGGCUCCGAGAAGCAGGGGGAGGUUCGUCAAUACCGUCAGGGGAUCGGGGUUCCCGGAGAUUAGUCUCGACGAUCUCACCAUCGAGCUCUUUGGCUCCUCCCUCAGGGGACGCUCUGCUUCCCGGAAUGGUGGCGUCAUCCCCCGUAAUGGUGAAGGAGGAAAAGGAGUAGGAGAGAGUCUGACUCAGAGAAGAGGACGGUCAGUGUCCAGGCAAGGAUCUAGGGGUAGUUUUGUAAACAGUGGUGGUGGAGGAAGGUUAACUUCGGACACUGCUAACUCCAGUAGGAGAAGAUCGGUCUCGGCUGUUCGGUAUCAAAUCAGCGAUUCCGAGGUAAUAUUGUUAUCAUCAUCUUCUUCAUUACUAUUGUUUUUAUUCUUACGCGCGAAUAGGGGUGUAAUCAAGCUGCUGGAAGCUGAUCAAGUUUUAAAUAUCAAGUUUGAGCUCCAUGGUCUAGUCUUGUUGUAUAAAUUUGGACGUUGUAACGAGACAUCAUCCAGCGACUGGACUUCGCUAUCCGCCUGCUUUUUAAAUACAUUGGCGAAAAUGAGAAUAAUGUGGGAUUAUUUUGUAAGGACUUCUGGCUUCAUUUUUAAGUAUUCAAUAACUAUCAAACUCUUUGUGGUAUUUUUUGCUUUGCAUUUGAAGAAAGUAAAUGAGGACCUUUGGAAGUUUUGCACGAUUAGUCAAAUAUGUUUAUUUUCUUUUACCUAUAUUAAAGAUGAAAGUGAUCUAGAUCUUUCACAGAACUCAAGCAAUCGUGCUAGUAUGAGAAGUUCCAUUGGUGGAAACAAUCAGAUAUCCUCCACUCAUAACCCAACAGCUUCAAAUAAUAGACAAGGCCUGAGAAAGUCUCUCAGCCAAAAGGACUUAAAGUCUCAUGAUGACUACUCUAGCCACUCUGCUGCUUUAACUGAUGAUGAAGGGAGGGAUGCUGUUUUUGAUAAAAAUGGAAUGGAGAGGACAAUACGAACGGUUUAUGCGCAGAAAAAGGGAGAGCAUCCAAUUGUGGAUGAUGUGAAUGGUGGGUUGUAUGCCGCAAUGCGAAAAGAGCUUAGACAUGCUGUGGAAGAGAUCAAGACACAACUUUGGAUGGCCUUAUGGUUUAUGCAGUCAAUGGUGAAAACAAAUUCCGGCAUAGCAAGUGAUGAUCGUUUGCAGCCUGUCAAUUUUGAUGCUAUCCAGGCUGUUUCUACAAUUAGAAGAAAGUACACAACAAAAUUGGAAAAGUCAGAGAAGCAUAGUCAAGAUUUAGCUGAGAUUAUGUUGGAGGAGCAGCAUGGGAGAGAGCUCUCUAAAAUUGUCAAAGAAUUUCUUCCUGAACCAAAGAACCCUAUUUUUCAGAAACCUUUGCGAGCUACAAAGAGAAGCAAUGACAGAAAUAGCAUGUCCAGGCAAUUGACCGAGGAGGCUGAAAAAUAUAUUGAAGAUUUCAUCUCGAACGUUGAAGAUACAGAUAUUUCAUCAUUUGAUGGAGACAGGAGUGAUACUAGUUCAAGUAUAGGGGGAAUAACAAAGACACCAACUUUCCAGAGUCGACCAGUAUUUAAAUCUGUCCCUGUUGAAAUGGAUGGUGUAAUGCUACCUUGGUUACAGUGGGAGACUUCUAAUGAUGCAUCUCCAUUAUCGCACCAGAGUAAAUGCAAUCUUUCUCAGGAAGCACCCUCUGCGCUAGACCUAAGCAAUCAAUUUACCAGGAGCCGAGAGAGUUGGAGCCCAGCUUUGGCUGGUUGUCCUUCAGUAAGUACUGGAGAAGUUACAGGAACUAAAUUUGGAGAAUCUGGAAGUUAUCAAAGCCAUUUUUCUUCAAGUGGAACCAAUAAGAUGCAGUUCGAUGUAGCUGAUUAUCUCAACGACAACAGCAACGAAGCUUUUCACCUUGAAAUAUGGAGCCAACGACAUAGAAUUAGUUCAGGUGGUCUUCUGCUUUGUAACCGGAUGUUCGUUUAAGCUAUGCUUGGUAAGAAGAACGAGAAGUGAUGAUAAUGAAAAAUUU